AUGAAUCAUGAAUCGAAUGCUCAUUUUGGUUAUUAUGGUAAUCAUAUAUCCACUACUAAAUAUAAUUUUGCCACUUUUUUACCUAAAUUCUUAUUCGAACAAUUUAGUAAAUAUGCUAAUUUGUUCUUUCUUUUCACAUCCAUAAUUCAACAAGUACCGAAUGUUUCACCUACCAAUCGUUAUACAACCAUUGGAACUUUAAUUGUGGUGUUAUUGGUUUCGGCUACAAAGGAAAUUUCUGAAGAUGUUAAACGUGCCAAUGCUGAUAAAGAAUUAAAUAAUACAAGAGUCCAAAUUCUUGAUCCUCAUACAGGAGAAUUUGUGUUAAAGAAAUGGAUUCUGGUGAAAGUUGGAGAUAUAGUAAGAAUUAAUAAUGAAGAAGCAUUUCCAGCUGAUUUAUUAUUAUUAAGUUCUUCAGAACCUGAAGGAUUAUGUUAUAUUGAAACUGCCAAUUUAGAUGGUGAAACCAAUUUAAAAAUUAAAGAAUCAAAUCAAGAAACUGCUCUGUUAAUUAAUCCUCAUAAUUUAGUUAAUGCUCUUUCAAAAUCAGAAAUCUUAUCUGAACAACCAAAUAGUUCAUUAUAUACUUAUGAAGGGACCAUGAAAAACUUUGGUACAAGUGAUUUACCUUUAACUCCUGAUCAAUUAUUAUUAAGAGGGGCAACGUUAAGAAAUACCCAAUGGAUUCAUGGUGUUGUAGUAUUUACGGGUCAUGAAACUAAAUUAAUGCGUAAUGCUACUGCUACACCAAUUAAGAGAACAGAUGUAGAAAGAAUUAUUAAUUUACAAAUUGUGGCCUUAUUUUGUAUUUUAAUUGUUUUAUCAUUGGUUUCUUCAGCUGGUAAUGUCAUUAAAAAUCAUGUAAGUGGAAGUUCAUUAAGUUAUUUAAAAUUAGAAGGUACAUCAAGUGCAAAAUUAUUCUUUCAAGAUAUUUUAACUUAUUGGAUUUUAUUUUCAAAUUUAGUCCCUAUUUCAUUAUUCGUUACUGUUGAACUUAUUAAAUAUUAUCAAGCAUUUAUGAUUGGUAGUGAUUUAGAUAUGUAUUAUGAAGAAACUGACACACCAACUGGGGUUAGAACUUCAUCUUUAGUGGAAGAAUUAGGUCAAAUUGAUUAUAUCUUCAGUGAUAAAACAGGUACAUUAACUCGAAAUAUUAUGGAAUUUAAAAGUUGUUCGAUUGGAGGAAGAUGUUAUAUUGCUGAAAUUCCUGAAGAUGGUCAAGCUCAAAUCGUUGAUGGUGGUAUUGAAGUUGGGUUCCAUACAUUUGAGGAAUUAUUUAGUGAAUUAAGAAGUACAUCUCUGGAACAGUCCGCCAUUAUAAAUGAAUUCUUAACGUUAUUAAGUACUUGUCAUACUGUUAUUCCUGAAGUUAAUGAUGUAACAGGUGAAAUCAAAUAUCAAGCAGCUUCACCUGAUGAAGGUGCCUUAGUGCAAGGUGCAGCUGAUUUAGGGUAUAAAUUCAUUAUUCGUAGACCAAAAGGGGUUACUAUUGAAAAUACUUUAGCUCAAAUUAAAUCAGAAUAUGAAUUAUUAAAUAUUUGUGAAUUUAAUUCCACCAGAAAGAGAAUGUCAGCUAUUUUCAGAUGUCCAGAUGGUAUCAUUAGAUUAUUUUGUAAAGGUGCUGAUACCGUUAUAUUAGAACGAUUAUCUAAAGAUGAACCUCAAUCAUUUGUCGAUGCUACUGUUCGUCAUUUAGAAGAUUUUGCCGUGGAAGGUUUAAGAACUUUAUGUAUUGCAUCUAGAAUCAUUGAUGAUCAAGAAUAUCAAGAUUGGUCUCAAAAAUAUUAUGAAGCUUCAACAUCAUUAGAUAAUAGAGGAGAUAAAUUAGAUGAAGUAGCGGAAAUGAUUGAGAAUAAUUUAUUCUUACUUGGUGCUACUGCCAUUGAAGAUAAAUUACAAGAUGGAGUUCCUGAAACCAUUCAUACUUUGCAAGAAGCAGGGAUUAAAAUUUGGGUUUUAACUGGUGAUAGACAAGAAACUGCCAUUAAUAUUGGUAUGUCAUGUAAAUUAUUAAGUGAAGAUAUGAAUUUAUUAAUUGUUAAUGAAGAAACCAAGAAUAAUGUUCGAUUAAAUUUAGAAGAGAAGUUAAAAGCCAUUAAUGAACAUCAAUUUGAUUUAGAUGAAGGAGCAUUAGAAUCUUCAUUAGCUUUAAUUAUUGAUGGUCAUUCAUUGGCAUUUGCUUUGGAACCAGAUUUAGAAGAUUUAUUCAUUCAAUUAGGUACCAAAUGUAAAGCAGUGGUAUGUUGUAGAGUAUCACCUUUACAAAAGGCAUUGGUAGUUAAAAUGGUAAAAAGAAAGAAGAAAUCAUCUUUAUUAUUGGCUAUUGGUGAUGGUGCUAAUGAUGUUUCUAUGAUUCAAGCUGCUCAUGUUGGUGUGGGUAUAAGUGGUAUGGAAGGUAUGCAAGCUGCUAGAAGUGCUGAUAUUUCCAUUGGACAAUUUAAAUACUUGAGAAAAUUAUUAUUGGUUCAUGGAUCUUGGUCAUAUCAUCGUAUUUCAAAUGCCAUUUUAUAUUCAUUCUAUAAGAAUUGUGCAUUAUAUAUGGUUCAAUUCUGGUAUGUUUUUGUUAAUGGAUUUUCAGGUCAAUCAAUGUUUGAAUCAUGGACUUUAACCCUUUAUAAUGUGUUCUUUACUGUUUUCCCACCCUUUGUCAUUGGAGUAUUUGAUCAAUUUGUUAGUGCAAGAUUAUUAGAUCGUUAUCCUCAAUUAUAUCAAUUAGGACAACUGAGAAAAUUCUUUAAUGUGGGAAUUUUCUGGGGUUGGGUAGCUAAUGGAUUUUAUCAUUCUGGAAUAAUUUUCUUAUGUUCAUUUUUCAUUUAUCAACAUGGUGAUCAACUUUCAAGUGGUCUUAAUGUUGACCAUUGGUCUUAUGGUGUGGCAGUAUAUACUACAUGUACUUUAACUGCAUUAGGUAAAGCGGCAUUGGUAGUAUCAAUGUGGACUAAAUUUACCUUAUUUGCUAUUCCUGGUUCUUUCCUUUUCUGGUUAUGGUUUUUCCCAGUAUAUGCCGCCGUUGCACCAAGAAUCAAUAUUUCAAGAGAAUUUUGGGGAGUCUUACCUCAUACUUAUCCUUCAUUAACGUUUUGGACCAUGGUAUUCGGAUUGCCAGUAUUAUGUCUUCUUCGUGAUUUUGCCUGGAAAUUUUAUAAAAGAAGUUAUAUUCCAGAAAGUUAUCAUUAUGUUCAAGAAAUUCAAAAAUAUAAUAUUCAAGAUCAUAGGCCAAGAAUGGAAUUAUUCCAAAGAGCGAUUAGAAAAGUUAGACAAGUUCAAAGAAUUAAGAAACAAAGAGGAUUUGCCUUCUCUCAAGUUGAAAAUCAAAAUCAAGAAAAGAUUGUUAGAUUAUAUGAUACUACCAAAAAGAGGGGUGCUUUUGGUGAAUUAACUGAAAGUUCAUAA